GUCACAGAUCAUGUGAUGCUGGCGUCCAUAAAGUUGAUUACGUCAUUGACAAACCAAACACGAGGUGGAAAAUGGCGUUGGCAGCAGCAGCAAGACGAACAAACGCUCGUCUACCUCCCGAGGUGAACAGAUUUCUUUAUGUGAGAAAUCUUCCCUUUGAGAUCACAGCAGAAGAAAUGUAUGACAUUUUUGGCAAAUUUGGGGCCAUCAGACAAAUCAGAUUGGGGUGUGCCUCAAAUACGAAGGGAACAGCUUAUGUGAUAUAUGAGGACAUUUUUGAUGCCAAAAAUGCCUGUGAACAUUUGUCAGGAUUUAAUGUGUGCAACCGAUACCUUGUGGUACUCUACUAUCAACCACACAAGGCUUUCAAAAAGAUGAACAAAGACCUAAAGAAGGAACAGAUUGAAAUUUUGAAGAGCAAGUAUGGUAUUGACUUGGACAAAAACUAAUACCACAAUUUUUUUUCUCGCUAUCUUUAUGUGCACUCCUUUUUAAUCUCAGGAUAAAUUUAAUUUUCCAUAUACACAAGGUUUUCAAAAAAUGAGAAUGAAGACAAAGAAGAACAGAUUAUGAACCGAGGACAAAAACUGAUACUAACAAUUAAUUUUGUCCUCGUAAUAAUUGUUCUGUGCACCCUUUCAUUCUCAGCAUAAAACAAUCCUAGGCUGUUA